AUGUCUAUUUCUUUCCAUGCUCGUUCUAACAGUGUUCCCUCUAUGCAACAUCCACAAGCUGCUAAUGUUGAUGAGCAGUUGACCAGAUUGAGAUCUUCUGAGGCAGCCUCUUCAUCUUCCAGCUCUUCUAUUUACCAAAGACUAAGCAACCUUCAAGACUUACAUGAUUCUCUUGACAAGAUGCUUCGCCUAUCUAUCACCAACAAGGCUUUAUCUCAGGUUCAGGUUGAGAAGCUUCUUGAUGGAUCCCUCAGGAUCUUGGAUUUGUGCAAUGUGGCCAAGGACGCUUUGUCACAGAUGAAAGAAGGUCUCAAGGAGAUCCAGUCUACAUUACAAAGAAAGUGUGGAGAUUUAUCAGCAGAGGUCAAGAAAUACUUAGCCGCAAGAAAUAUCUUGAAGAAGUCACUCCAGAAAGUACAAAGAGAGCACCAAUAA